AUGGCUGUCCGCAGCGGUAACACCUUGACGCCUUUCUCCAUCCAGGCGAUUCUUAACAAGAAGGAGGAGAAGGCAGGACAUCCGUUCUUGGAAGGGCGCCUGCCCCCGGCUAGGGGAGCCGCGGCCCCUGCAGGCUCGGCCGCGGCAGCUCCAGCCUGUUGCUGGAGGCUUUUUGGAGAAAUGGACUCGGGUACUGUGGGGGGAGCUGGGGAGACACUCCUGCCCACCCCGGCGGGGCCUAGGGCGGCAGCAGCGGCGGCAGCGGCAGCAGCAGCAGCAGUGACUGUGAGGCGGACAGCGGGGAGCCCGAGGGGCUGGGACUCGGACUCGGCUCUGAGCGAAGAGAACGAAGGGGAGCGGCGCUGCCCCGCGGAGGCUGUAGGAUUGCCGGUGAUGGCCAGCGGCGCGGGACGCGCCCAGGAGACUCCCUGCAGGGGGCAGCCGGGGCCAGAGGCUCAGGUCAAAGACCUGGAAGAGGAGCCCCCGGGCCUGAGUGACAGCGAGAUGUCAGCCAGCGUUUCAGCAGAUCGCAGCCCGAGGACAGAGGAGGACGGAGGCGGAGGCGGCAAGUGCGAUAAACUCCUUUGUGGCGGGGGCCCGGGAGAGGAGGAUCAAUCUGCGCCCAAGCCUCGCAAGAAGCGCUCCCGGGCGGCUUUCUCGCACGCCCAGGUCUUCGAGUUGGAGCGCCGUUUCAAUCACCAGCGGUACCUGUCCGGCCCGGAGAGAGCUGACCUGGCAGCCUCGCUGAAACUCACCGAGACUCAGGUGAAAAUUUGGUUCCAGAACCGCCGCUACAAGACCAAGCGCCGCCAGAUGGCCGCGGACCUGCUCGCUUCGGCGCCGGCUGCCAAGAAGGUGGCGGUCAAAGUGCUAGUGAGGGACGAUCAGAGACAGUACCAUCCAGGAGAGGUGCUCAGGCCCCCCUCCCUGCUCUCCCUGCAACCCUCUUACUACUACCCCUACUACUGCCUUCCGGGCUGGGCCCUCUCCACCUGCACGGCAGCAGCGGGCACCCAGUGA